UGAAACUUUUUAAUCAAAUAAAAGCUUUUCAUUUUUAUCGAUUGUAGUUUAUUUCGAAAGAAUUGGUAGAUUUUGUUCGUCUCCAUGAAAAUGACUUCUUUCAAUUUUUCGUCGUACAAUAUCAUCAAGUGGGAAAUGAAACGAUCCAACGAGAUUUUGAAUGAAAAAUUGAAUUUGGAAGAUACGGAUAGUGCAUUAAACAACAUGGUAGACGUCAGAGCCUGUUAUAAGCCAAACGGAAAAUAAAUAACGCAUGAUCUCGCCAUGGUAGCGGUGGUACAAUAUUUCUAAGAGGCCAUUUAAGUAUGUGGUCCCAUUUGUCAUUUUUCUAUAUAUGGGUCCAGAUUUGUUGAUUUCUACAGUCUACUUUAUGCCAAGGGUAAUUGUUGAAGAUCACCAAUGUAUAUGUCCAUUGGCAAUUAUUUUGGAAAUAUAUUGACUUAUCAUCAAAUAUGAUCAACAAUGAGUGAGUCAUGGUUUCGAGGUGUACGGAGCAGCAAAUUCCGUCACGUUUAUGGUAUACCAGCAAAAAGAGAAAAAUGUUAUGACAACAUCAAGAUUACAAAAAAUGCUCAUGACUCACAAUUUUGUGCUGUCAAUCCAAAAUUUUUAGCAGUUGUUACAGAAGUAGCAGGAGGUGGUGCUUUUCUUGUAUUACCUCUCGAUAGAACUGGACGUUUGGAUUUCAAUGCUAGUAGAGUUACUGGACAUACAGGGCCUGUUUUGGAUAUUAAAUGGAAUCCAUUCAAUGAUAAUAUCAUUGCUUCUUGUUCAGACGAUUGCACAAUUAAAUUAUGGCAUAUACCAGAUGGGGGGUUAUCUAGAAACUUAUCGGAAUGGCUUAUUGAAUUACAAGGUCAUAAACGUCGAGUAUCAUACAUAGAUUGGCAUCCUGUAGCUGAAAAUAUCCUUUUUAGCAUAGGUUUUGAUCAUCUUGUUAUUGUUUGGGAUGUCGGUAGAGGAGAAGCAGUCAACAUUAUUGACAGACAUCCUGAUGUAAUAUAUAGUUUAUCUUUAAAUCGGGAUGGAAGUUUAUUAGCAACAACAUGUAAAGAUAAAAGAUUACGUGUCUUCGAGCCUAGAUCUGGCAUUAUAGUUUCGGAAGGAAUCUGUCAUGCUGGAACCAAAGCAAGUAAAGUGGUAUUUCUUGGUGGAUCUGGACGUCUAUUAACUACUGGAUUUAGUAGACAUUCAGAUAGACAAUACGCAAUUUGGUGUCAACAUGAUUUAACAGCUCCUCUUACUCGUGAAACUAUAGAUUCAUCGAGCGGUGUUAUUUUCCCAUAUUUUGACAAUGAUACAAAUAUGGUCUAUUUAGCAGGAAAGGGUGAUGGUAACAUUCGAUAUUAUGAGGUAGUUAAUGAAGUUCCAUGGAUGCAUUAUCUCAGUCAAUUCAUCUCUGGUAAUCCACAAAGAGGAUUAGGAGUAAUGCCAAAAAGAGGCAUAAAUACAAGUAUUUGUGAGGUCUUUAGAUUUUAUAAAUUACAUGCAACUCGAGGCAUGUGUGAACCAAUUUCUAUGAUCGUACCUCGAAAGAGCGAUCAAUUUCAAGAAGACUUAUAUCCUGAUACUAUAGGUACCUGUCCUGGACUUUCAGCAAGAGAUUGGAUUAGUGGUAUGAAUAAUCCACCGAUAUUAAUAUCACUUAAAACAGGUGGCAGUAUUUCAACGCACAAGCCACGCAUUUACAAGCAACCAUUAAUACCUCCAGCAACAGAUUUAAAUAAUAAGAAAAAAUUUGCAUUUUUAUCUACUGAAACUGUUCCUGAUUACAGACCGGUAGAAUUGCACAAUAUAACAGAAAAAAGUCAAAAGACAUCCAGCAAUCAGAGCACCAAAUUUCAACAAUUACAACAGAAAUUUGCCAAUGCAAAUUUACAAAAUAAUAUAAUAGCGACAUCGCUAAGCAAUAAUAAAGUUAUGGAGACAAUUGAUGUUCCUCCUAACAACGAAGCAGAACUUAGAUUGGCAUAUGUACGUCAAGCGGAUGAAUUAAGAUUGAUGCGUCGUCAACUUGCUAAUAGUCGACUUCGAGUAAAGGAGUUAGAAGAACAAGUGUGGAAAUUACAAAAUCAGUAAUGCUUGAAAAUGCCUCUCAGUCAAAGAACUUUGUCAGUAUCCUUUAUAUAAACUUUUUAUACAUUUCAUGCAAAUUGUUAAACCAAAUAGUCUGCUAUAUUUGUGCUUUAAGAACAAAGUAAUCUUCAAUGUUUAUGAAUAUCGAAUGAAAUUGCAUGCAUAAGUUCUUUUUUUUUUUUUUUUUUUUUACAAUUUUGUAUUGGUGGUUAUAUAAAAUAUGUGGGUAUUUAAGUACAUUAUCAUCAAAAUUUAUACAAAUUGUGUAUAAAU